AGCACAGUCUGAUUGGCUGCUUGCUCUCGGAGGUGUUACUUCAUAUUUAUUUGAGUGAAUGGCUGUGUAGAUUUAGUUCAACAAAAUGCUUAUUUAGACAGCGGUAGUGAUAUUUAGUAUAACAAAGUUGUCAGCCGGAUUCUGUUCAUUUUAAUGACAUUAUUAUUGGAGAAACGUUUGUAGAAGAGCAAAAAAGUUUUUAGAACAAAAGCUCUGAUAUUGAAGUUGCUGCCCACUCCUCCUCAUGCUGUGGAAAGCAGGUUGGCCAAUUUAUAGACCAGCAUCCAUUAAACGACUUGCUCGGCACUGGAGCAAUGUUCCAUUUCUCACUGUUCCCCCACGGCGCACUCCAGGGAAACCAUUUGCGCAUCGGAGUGACCUGAAACAAGCCAAGCGCAUUGUCGUAAAGCUUGGUAGCGCGGUGGUGACACGAGGUGAUGAGUGCGGCCUUGCUCUUGGUCGGCUUGCUUCCAUUGUUGAGCAGGUGUCAGUUCUGCAAAACCAAGGUCGGGAGAUGAUGAUUGUAACAAGUGGUGCUGUGGCUUUUGGCAAGCAACGCCUGCGACAUGAAAUCCUGCUUUCCCAGAGUGUGCGACAGGCCCUGCACUCAGGCCAAAACCAGCUGAAAGACAUGACUGUUCCUGUUCUAGAAGCCCGAGCAUGUGCCGCAGCUGGACAGAGUGGCUUGAUGGCCUUGUAUGAAGCAAUGUUCACACAGUACAGCAUUUGUGCUGCUCAGAUUCUUGUAACAAACUUGGAUUUCCAUGAUGAGCAAAAGCGACGAAACUUGAGCAGCACACUUCACGAGCUUCUCCGAAUGAAUAUCGUUCCAAUUAUCAAUACUAAUGAUGCUGUUGUUCCUCCUCCUGAACCAAACUCUGACUUUCAGGGGCAGGUAAUCAGUAUCAAGGACAAUGACAGUUUGGCAGCAAGACUUGCAGUGGAGAUGAGAGCAGACAUGCUGAUUGUCCUUUCUGAUGUGGAAGGUCUUUUUGAUAGUCCACCUGGAUUGGAUGACGCUAAGCUUAUUGAUACCUUUUAUCCUGGAGACCAGCAGUCUGUCACUUUUGGCACAAAAUCCAGAGUGGGCCUUGGUGGCAUGGAGGCUAAGGUGAAAGCAGCACUUUGGGCUCUCCAAGGAGGAACGUCUGUGGUCAUAGCAAGUGGGACCCACCCAAAAGUGACUGGUCAUGUAAUCAAUGAUAUUGUCGAGGGAAAGAAAGUUGGAACUUUCUUCUCAGAGGUAAAACCCGCAGGCCCCAGUAUUGAACAACAAGCAGAAAUGGCACGGGCUGAUGGACGAGUCAUGGCUUCACUACAGCCAGAACAAAGGGCUGAUAUUAUUCACCGGCUGGCUGAUCUCCUGACAGACAAUCGCGAUGAAAUCCUGAAAGCUAACGAAAGAGACAUGGAGAAAGCAGUGACCUUGGGUCGACUUUCACAACCACUGUUAAAGCGAUUGACCCUCACCACAGCAAAGUUAAAUAGCCUGGCCAUCGGUCUCCGUCAGAUUGCAGCAUCCACUCAGGACAGCGUGGGUCGGCUGAUCAGGAAAACUAGAGUUGCAAAAGGACUGGAUCUAGAGCAAAUAACUGUUCCAAUUGGUGUCCUGUUAGUGAUUUUUGAAUCUCGUCCAGACUGUCUUCCCCAGGUUUCUGCACUGGCAAUAGCAAGUGGAAAUGGCCUGUUAUUGAAGGGAGGGAAAGAAGCAACCUACAGCAACCACGUACUGCACCAUUUGACUCAGGAAGCACUUUCCAUGCAUGGGGUCAAGGAUGCAGUUCAUUUGGUGAGCACUCGUGAGGAAGUAGAAGAUCUUUGUAGACUGGACAAGCUCAUUGAUCUAAUCAUCCCUCGAGGCUCCUCCCAGUUGGUUCGGGACAUUCAAAAAGCAUCAAAAGGCAUUCCAGUCCUUGGGCACAGUGAGGGGAUUUGUCAUAUCUACGUGGAUUCUGAUGCUAAUAUAGAAAAGGCCAUCAAGAUUGUUCGAGAUUCCAAAUGCGAUUACCCUGCAGCCUGUAAUGCUAUGGAGACAUUGUUAGUCCACAGAGACUUACUGAGGACUCCCUUCUUCGACCAGAUUAUUGACAUGCUGAGAGUCGAACAGGUGAAAAUUCAUGCUGGGCCCAAGUUUGCAUCAUACCUGACUUUCAGCCCUUCAGAAGUGAAAUCCCUUCGCACAGAAUAUGGGGACCUGGAGUGCUGCAUUGAAGUUGUGAACAAUGUCCAAGAUGCAAUUGAACACAUACACAAAUAUGGCAGCUCGCACACAGAUGCAAUUGUUACAGAGAGUGAGGAGACAGCUGAAUACUUCAUGCAGCACGUUGACAGUGCCUGUGUCUUCUGGAAUGCAAGCACUCGUUUCUCUGAUGGAUAUCGAUUUGGACUUGGUGCAGAGGUUGGAAUCAGUACGUCACGUAUCCAUGCCCGUGGGCCAGUGGGAUUGGAGGGGCUGCUGACCACCAAGUGGCUGCUACGUGGAGAGGGUCAGGCAGUGUCUGACUUUGCAGAGCAAGGCAGCAUGAGCUACAUACAUGAAAACAUACCUGUACUCCAAAGAACAUAAACACUUUCAUGGUGAAGGUGUCACUGCAAGCAGCUGCACACUUCCGUCAAUACUUGCCUUUUUAAAGCUACCAACAGAUAUUUAUCCUCUAGGAAUGUUCUGUAAUUGUCCAUCACUGUUUUCCAGCUUCCUUAGAAAGCUAUGUUUAUGAGGGAUCCUCUGAGUAUCUGUGUUCCUUGCUUUCCACGUUUGGCAAAGUCUUUCAUGCACCUCUUUUUGUUUUUUUGUUUCAUUGAGAUCCAUUUCUGAGGUUUUUGUACCUAUUGCUGCCCUUUUCUCUGAAUACUCCAUUCAGGUGUUUAAAGGGGCUCUUAUCAGCUUAGGUACCUUUUUGAAAUGACAAGUGAAUUAAUUAUUCUACAAUGAAACAAUAUCCAGGACAAGUCUUAUCAAACAGAGAAUCUACCAGUCAAAACCCAGGCAAUUAUUUUUCCAGUAGAAGUCUGAAGGUAAGUAUUGAAGAGGAGUACAAAUAAUACCAAUCAGGUUGCUCUCAUUACAGGCACUCCUUCCAAAAUCUUGUGAAUGGGGCCAACUUAACAUGCUGAUGUUCAUAAGUUAUCACUUGACCUUUUAAAUAUGUUUCCAUAUAUUCACUCACCUAUGGCAGCAUUGUCACCAAAGACUAUUGUAUCAUUUGAAUAGGCUUUACUUCAAUUGUGACCCAGUCUAGCAGGAAAUUGGGAAUUUGCGGUCAAAUAGGCAUCGAUCUAAUAUUGUAUGGGUGAAGGGCACAAUCCUACAAUUGUAUUCCAACAACAGGGAGGUGUUUGGAUGCCAAAAUCCCUUCAUAUACACAAAUCACAAAAAAACUAACAUUCCAUUACAGCACGCAGUGAGGAAUAUGAAUGGAUGUUUACCUUGCAGUUGAUGAAACCAAGGCAGUGGUUGUAUUACUUUGCCUUGCUUAGACAGCUCCCUACCUUAGAACCAACAUGUUCCUCAGAGUAAGAAAUCUAGCAAAGCCACAUGAGAUUUGAUUUUAUAGCUAAGGAUUAUGAGUAGAAUGGGGUCUUUAUUCUGCUCUGUUUAUUAGUGAAGCUCUGAUUAAAGUUAUCACAUUAAUGGAGGGAUUGCUGGCAUUAAUGCUGAAAAUUUGUUUCCCCUGGUUGAAGACUCCAGAACUAGAUGGCAUAUUCUCAGGCUAAGGAUUUCGUCAUUUUGAGCCAAAAUGAAGUGUAAUUUCUUCACUUGGUGUGGACAGGGGAAUGUUUGAAAUUUAUGUCUUUUGAGAUCUGUGAAUGCUCAAGUCAUUGAGAUCAACAGUUUUUUGAUCAAAGUGGAUCAAGUAUAGGCAGGGAAAGUGGUCUUAAGGCACAAGAUCAUCCAUGAUGGUUUUGAGUGAUGGAGCAAACUUGGGGGGCUAUAGAGCCCUAUCAUUCUUAAUGUCACCGUUGGGGAAACACAACAUAGCUUUUCUGAGUCAGUAAAAUGUGGAGCCGGAGGAGCAGAGCAGGUCGGACAGCAUCUGAGGAACAGGAAAGUCGAUGUUUUAGGUCAGGACCCUUCAUCAGGUGUGGGGAGGAGAAAGGGAGCUCAGAAAUAAAUGGCAUGGGAUGGGGCUGGGGGAAGGUUGGUGGGAUGGUGGUAGGGGGUUGUAGAGCUUGGUCAGGUGGGAAGGGUGGAGCAGAUAAGUGAGAAGGAAGAUGGAUAGUUCUCAAGUCAAGGAGGUGGAGAUGAGAGGGAGGGCUGAAGCUGGGAGUGGGGAGAUUUUGAAGCAGAUUUUGCCCACCUUGAAAUAGGUCCUUUGAUAAGAGUUUGGUGUUAACCUCCAAGAAUAACGCAUUACAGAGAAACCGGACAGAGUGUGAAGUCAUUACCACCUAGAUUGAUGCGAGCAGAAUCUCAUUUAAGAUUCCUAGACUGAGAGAAAGAUACAUAGGACAAAGGGUGAUUGACGGCUCAGUAAUGAUAUGCAUUUAUUUGGCGGGAGAAGGCAGUGAGCCUGGGCUUGCGAGAACAUUAGCAAAACAUGUGGAAUGUCAAGAUCAACACAGUAUUUCCAACAUAGACCAGAGAGGAAUGUGUUAUCGUGGUGAAGAAUCAAAUUUCACCUUCCCUUUAGGUUCAGUAGGCAUACGUCACACGAGUGUGAGGUGAUGCACUUUCGUAGGAGUAACCGGAAGGCAAAGUACUGGGCUAAUGGUAAGAUUGUUGGUAGUGUAGAUGAGCAGAGAGAUCUCGGUGUCCAUGUACACAGUUCCUUGAAAGUUGCCACCCAGGUUGACAGGGCUGUUAAGAAGGCAUACAGUGUUUUAGCUUUUAUUAAUAGAGGGAUCGAGUUCCAGAACCAAGAGGUUAUGGUGAAGCUGUACAAAACUCUUGUGCGGCCGCACUUGGAGUAUUGCGUACAGUUGUGGUCACCGCAUUAUAAGAACGAUGUGGAAGCUUUGGAAAGGGUGCACAGGAGAUUUACUAGGAUGUUGCCUGGUCUGGAGGGAGGGUCUUAUGAGGAAAGGCUGAAGGACUUGAGGCUGUCUUCAUUAGAGAGAAGAAGGUUGAGAGGUGACUUAAUUGAAACAUAUAAAAUAAUCAGAGGAUUAGAUAGGGUGGAUAGGGAGAGCCUUUUUCCUAAGAUGGUGAUGGCGAGCACAAGGGGGCAUAGCUUUAAAUUGAGGGGUGAAAGAUAUAGGACAGAUGUCAGAGGUAGUUUCUUUACUCAGAGAGUAGUAAAGGAAUGGAACGCUUUGCCUGCAACGAUAGUAGAUUUGCCAACUUUAGGUAGAUUUAAGUCGUCAUUGGAUAAGCAUAUGGACGUACAUGGAAUAGUGUAGGUUAGAUGGGCUUGAGAUCAGUCUGACAGGUCGGCUUGAGGGCCGAAGGGCCUGUACUGUGCUGUAAUGCUCUAUGAGUAAUUGCUCCUGGGAUGAAUAGCCUUAAAGUUGGAUUCUAGUGCAGAUAGAAGUCCUAUAUUGGAGGGACAUAAAGUAAAUAGUUCUCCAGAGUUAGUAAUUUUGUCAUAAUGUAGGUAUAACUGAAAUCAUGUAUCUGGAAAUAUUAGUUUGGAAGUCUCCAGAUGAUUCUGGAACCUGCACGUUAUGUACUAGCACCUCUAAAUCUGAAACAGUGAAAAACACUCAAAUUUGGGAAGUCUGACCAUUUGUUCAAUUAAGGCAGUAAAGAGAAUAUUAGAUGAUGAUUUGGAUAGAAAUGAAGUGUAAGGGUAUUGGGAGAAAACAGAUUGGCAGUAGGUAAUGAUGCUCAGUUGAAGUGUGGUAGCAGGCAUGAUGGGCCAAUGGCCUCCUACACUGUAACAUUUAUGUGAUUGAGAGAGUUGGGUGGAAAUCCAGUUUAUUAUAAUGCCAGGCAAAAAGAAGGCAUAAAGGAUGGAUAAAUGUCACACUGGAUUCCCUACACUAAUCACAGAGGCUGCAGCAUAUCCUGAGAUUUGAUUGGUUAAUAUGACACAGGAUACAAAGACUUGCAUAUCUGUAUCACUUUUCAUUAUCAUGUUUUCCAGCCGAUGAAAUGCUUUUGAAGUAUAGUCAUUGUUGUAAUGUAGGAAACGGUGUAGCCAAUUUGCACACAGUAAAAUCCUGAUAACAGAAA